AUGUUGUUUUUCAGUUUUUUCAAGACCUUGGUGGACCAAGAGGUGACAGUCGAGCUAAAGAAUGAUAUGGAAAUAAGGGGCAUUUUGAAAUCGGUGGACCAAUACUUGAACUUGAAAUUAGACGAUAUAACUUGCACGAAUGGUGACAAAUAUCCAUAUCUAGAUGCUGUGAAAAAUUUAUUCAUCAGAGGAUCUACAGUCCGAUAUGUUCACAUGAACCCUAACUCAGUUGACUGUACUUUACUACAAGAUGCAUCGAGGAGAGGUAUGUUGAUUAGAUUUAUUUUCAAUAUGUGA